AUGUUGAAUGUGUUCCUGGACUUUGCAUUGAAUGUGUUGGGCGGGGGGGGUGCCAUACAUACAUAUAUGUGUGUGUCUAUGUGUAUUAGAUCAUGGGGAAGUGUAAGGGUCUAUGACUAUGACGGAAACUCGAAAACUCUCACGACCUGGCCUGAGCCACUUUGCAGACAUAGGGCUUGUAGUUGUUUUUUUGUUUUCGACGUUAUUGUCUCUUGCCAAUACAGAUGUACGAGAAAAACCAGGGCAAGCAGCAUAUCCUGUCCACAUGCUACUGUUCACCGUCUGCUCCACGUGAACCACAUGUCCAUCGAAGACAUGGCAAAGCACGUGUGCCAACUUUGCGACGUGCGUGUGUGUGUUGAUCAGGAGAAGAGUCGCACUUGCUGUGGAAAGGACAGAAUUGGACAGAUGUUCAGGUCGAGAGGCAGCCUCUGGCUAAGAAAUGGCUUCAAGACCGAUUCUGCACACUGGCUCCUCAAGGCGGAGAAGAUCCUGACGAACCCCAUGCAGCUUCCAGCUUCCGCGGAUGCACUCUCUGAGCCCUUGGAGAUCGGACAUGGAACCGGUCCGAUCCGGCAUGUUCCGCCUCGGCCUGGCAGCCGCCUGAGGUCGAUGUGA